GGAUUGCAUUUUCCUGCUAAGGAUUGCAUUAAUGUUGCAUUAGAAUUUCAUCAGACAAAAAUAAGAUAUCGAUUGCAAUAAAAGUUUCAACACAUAGUAGCAUAUAGCGGCCUGGUUACCUAUUCAUUCAACAUGGCGGCCGCCGGUAAAAUUUGUUAUCCAAAAGUGAGAAGAGAUUCACAGCAUUUUGAUGAAUACCACGGGACAAAGAUAGCAGAGCCAUACAUUUGGCUAGAAGAUCCCGACUCCGAUGAGACAAAAGCUUUUGUGAAAGCUCAGAAUGAUAUCACAUUGCCCUACUUGGCCGAAUGCGAAGUGAGAGAAAAAUUCAAAGACAGGCUCACUGAGUUGUGGGACUAUCCCAAAUAUGGAUGCCCAUUCAAGCGUGGCUCUCGAUACUUUUACUUUUACAACUCUGGACUUCAAAAUCAAAGUGUGUUGUAUGUUCAGGAGUCACUGGAUGGCGAAGCACACGUUUUCCUCGAUCCAAACAAGAUCAAAGAGGAUGGGACUGCAGCUCUACGUGGGCAUACUUUUUCCAAGGAUGGAACCCUAUUUGCAUAUUCACUCAGUCUGAGUGGAUCAGACUGGGUUACAAUAAAGUUUAUGAAGGUGGAGGGGGAAGAGGAACUCCCAGAUUCCCUGGAAAGAGCCAAAUUCACAAGUAUGUCCUGGACACAUGACAACAAAGGUCUAUUUUAUAAUAAAUACCCUACCAACAACAGCAAAGCAGAUGGGACUGAAACAGACAUGAAUCUUGAUCAGAAGUUGUAUUAUCACAUGUUGGGGACUAACCAGGGUGAAGAUGUCCUUUGCUGUGAAUUUCCUGAACAUCCCAAGUGGCAUAUAGGUGGAGAAGUAAGUGUCUGUGGAAGAUAUCUCAUCAUUACUCCAAGAGAGGGCUGUGAUCCUGUCAACAGACUGUACUAUUGUGACCUACAAAAGCUGCCCCAUGGCAUCACAGAGAAAUUACCCUAUGUCAAGGUUGUGGAUAAUUUUGAUGCUGAAUAUGAGUAUAUAACAAAUGAAGGAACAGUGUUCACUUUCAAGACAAACCUAAACUCACCCCGAUACAAGUUGAUCAACAUUGACCUGGAAAAGCCAGAAAUGGAGAACUGGCAAACUUUAGUUGAUCAAGACAGUGUUGAUGUGCUGGAGUGGGCUUCCUGUGUUAGGAAUGACCUAUUAGUCCUGGGCUACUUGCAUGAUGUCAAGAGUGUGCUCCACCUUCACGCUCUCACUUCCGGCGAUCAUCUCGUGAACCUCCCUCUUGAUAUCGGCUCCGUGGUUGGGUUCUCUGGCGAGAAGGAAGAUACCGAGAUAUUCUACCAAUUCACUUCAUUCCUGACCCCUGGUACCAUCUACCAUUGCGACUUGUCAGACCAGAACAGAAUACAACCAAAGGUGUUUAGAGAGAUCAAAGUCAAGGAUUUCGAUGCGUCCUUGUUCGAGACAGAGCAAGUGUUCUAUGAAAGCAAAGAUGGCACCAAAAUACCAAUGUUCCUUGUUCACAAAAAGGGUAUCACGCUGGACUCUAGCCACCCAGCCUAUCUCUAUGGUUACGGAGGCUUCAACAUUUCCAUCACGCCGUCUUUCAGUGUAUCACGCAUAAUUUACAUGCAGAACUUGGGUGGAGUCGUGGCGAUAGCGAACAUUAGAGGGGGAGGGGAAUACGGAGAGGACUGGCACCAGGCCGGGAUGUUGGGCAACAAGCAGAAUGUUUUUGAUGACUUCCAGGCCGCAGCCAACUACCUCAUCAGCCACGAGUACACCGAGCCCAAGCGGCUGACUAUCUGCGGUGGCUCCAAUGGCGGUCUGCUUGUCUGCGCAUGCGCUAACCAAGCGCCUGAGCUGUUUGGUUGUAUUAUCGCCCAAGUGCCGGUGACAGACAUGCUGAAAUUUCAGAAGUUCACCAUAGGACACGCAUGGACGACGGAUUUUGGAUGUUCUGACAAGAAGGAGGAGUUUGAAUGGCUGAUAAAAUACUCGCCUUUACACAACAUCAAGGUCCCGGAUAAUGGGGCCCAGUAUCCCCCUCUCAUGCUACUGACCGCUGACCAUGAUGACCGCGUUGUGCCACUUCAUUCGUUCAAAUUCAUCGCCGAGCUGCAACACGUAAUGGGUAGUCAAGACAACCAGAUCAAUCCUCUCCUGAUCCGUAUCGAUACCGAGGCCGGGCAUGGACACGGUAAACCAACCGCUAAGGUGAUCGAGGAGUGUGCUGAUACGUAUGCCUUCGUCGCUCGCAGUGUGGGCGCCAACUGGCAAGAUUAACCAACUGGCAAGAUUAACCAACUGGCGAGAUUAACCAACUGGCGAGAUUAACCAAGUGGCAAGAUUAACCAACUGGCGAGAUUAACCAAGUGGCAA